AAAGGUCCCGCUCCCCCCUCCAGUCCCUCCUCCCCAUUUCUCUUCUCUCUCUCUCUCUCUAAACCCAGAGAGGCCGCAGAGCCGUUUCAUACAACUCACUCUGACUCACUCAAAUCGCUUCAGCAAUCCACCCUCUUCAUCUUUAUAAAUCACUCAAAUCUCAGAUUCUCACACACACAGCAAUUCCGAAAAUGGCGACGAAUAUCGGCAUGAUGGACGGCGCGUACUUCGUCGGCAGAUCUGAGAUCUUGGCCUGGAUCAACUCCACUCUCCAACUCCAUCUCAACAAAGUCGAAGAGGCGUGUUCCGGCGCGGUCCACUGCCAGCUCAUGGACGCGGCUCAUCCGGGGAUGGUUCCGAUGCACAAGGUCAAUUUUGACGCCAAGAGCGAGUAUGAGAUGAUCCAGAACUAUAAGGUUCUUCAAGAUGUCUUCAACAAACUCAAAAUUACCAAGCAUAUUGAGGUAAGCAAGCUUGUGAAAGGAAGGCCGCUCGACAAUUUGGAGUUCAUGCAAUGGAUGAAGCGCUACUGUGAUUCUAUCAAUGGCUGCACCAGCUACAAUGCUCUGGAGAGGAGAGAAGCCUGCAAGGGCGGUAAAGAAGUAAGCAAGAGAGCUGCCCAAUCACAAUCAUCCGCUAAGGGUACAGCAACUUCCCAAAGAGCUCAUUCCUCUCACAAUGCUAGAAGAAAUGAUGUACCCCAUUCUGGGAAUCAAUCAGUAAAGGCCUCAAGACCUUCUUCUAGUGGAGGCCCUGCCCCACCUGCAUAUGAUGAAAAGAUCACGGAGUUGAAGCUAUCAGUGGAUAGCCUAGAGAAGGAGAGAGAUUUCUACUUUGCAAAGCUCAGAGAUAUUGAGAUACUAUGCCAGACUCCUGAAAUUGAACACCUAUCUGUUGUUGCUGCUAUACAGAAGAUUUUAUAUGCUACAGAUGAUGAUGCGACAGUGGUGGCACAAGCGCAAGCCAUGUUGUCUGGCCCCUCAAAGGAAGCAGAGCCCUCGAGCCCCAUUGCUGAGCCAUUGAGUCCCAUUGCUGAGGCUUCAGAUGAGAAAGCAAGUUCGGAGACCCAGAAGAGGAAAACCAUAAACAACUUUGAUGUCGAUGCUGCUGCCAUGGCAACAUUAUCUCCAAGGCAAAGGGUCUCUGAUGCUUCUGAUGUCCAUUGUAGUGGGUCACCUCUGAUGACUUGCUGAUCAGCUACUUGUUUGGAGGAUGUAAUCUCUCGGUUUCAUCUUUAGAGAACACAGAUUUCCAUUGAACUUCUUCCUCCCCAUAUAUGUCAAAAUGGUCAGGUAAUGCUUAAUAUGUCAAAAUGUAGUACAAGUAAUGGUAUGGACGUGAGAUAUUAAUCCUGUGUUGUAUUAAGAACAUCUCCAGUCUCUAGCUUUUAUGUUGUGAAAGUUAGAAUAUGUAAGAAUGAAAUGUCAUCAUUUCUGUUAAA